CUUUAUGUCAUGUGUAAGGUGAACAUUUAGAAGUUUUUCUUUAUUUUAGUGCUGUGAGCUUUUGUGUGUUGCUGCAAUUUUUCACAAGACCUGCCUCAGUAUGACACACUGUUCAAAAGAUGAAUUUUAUGUGAAAUCCAGCAAUCGAUGUUGCAAAAAAUGUCCUAAAGGACAACGUGUACUUGAAGACUGCACAGAAAACAGACCUACAAAUUGUGUAGACUGCAGCAGUGGAGAAUACCUGGAAUCAGACAGCUAUGCAAAACGUUGUGUGGCCUGCAAACUCUGCGAACUGAAGAGUCAUCUUGAGACUUUGUCUGCUUGCACCUUGACCGCAGACAUUACAUGCCAAUGUCAAGCAGGCUUCUACUGCAAUCAUCAAGUUCAAGAGCAAUGUGAACACUGCUCUCCUGUAACAAAAUGUGGUCCUGGUGCUGGAGUGACCAAAAACGCUACACGGUGGUCUAAUACAGAGUGCAAGCCAUGUCCUCCAGGGACCUUCUCCAAUGUGACUGACACUCAUUCUUCUUGCCAAAUGCAUACCAAUUGCACAGAAAUUGGACAGAUCACAAGAAUUCCUGGAAACAGUAGCAUUGACACUUUGUGCAGCCCGGUCCCCGUGAAACCAGGAGUGCCAUCCUGGGUCCUACCUGGCAGCUUGUGGGCAGGGUUUGCAGUAUCAGUGGUUGUAUUUCUAAUUGUCACUGCCAUAUGGAAGAGGACCAAUAAGAAAGCUGAUGUCGUACAUCUGUCUGCUGAAUAUUUGGAUGAGAGCCUGAAUGCUAUACUCCAGGAGACACACUUUGCAGAGGAGAAGCUACAAAAUUCUUUGCUUGAUACACCACUCCCACCAUCCCACUCAGAUGCCCUUGCAUUGUGCAAACUGGAGACAAAGCCAGAUGGAGCCUCUUAUGAGACGUUAAUGCAGAAAGGUGAACCGGCAAGAAGAAAAAAAGAGAAUCAUUCAUUACCUCAAGGAGUUUCACAAAGCCUUGACUGUCUCACACCAGUCAAGGAAUUAACAUUGGACUGGGACUGGGUUUGUUCCUCUAAUGAAGAAGUUAAAAAAUCAGAUUCUGAGGAAACGUCUGUAACUCCUUUUCAGUAUUCUAACAAAUUACUCACUGAAUCUAAGACUCUUUUGUGGUCUUCCCAAUUACCCAUGAGUCUAAUCAGUUGCGAUGGACUCUCUCCGGCAGGUGAGAAUUUGAAUCCCCAGGUAUACCCGAUAUUAACAAGUGAUCCUUCAGUAACCUCUGAUGUAGAGGCAGAUGGAACAGAUGCAACCACAAUGACUGCAUCAGAGCAGUUUGGCACAGUUAACCAUAAUAUCAGCAUUGUGGUGAGCCCACCUCCUCUCUGUACAGGAAACAGUUCAUCAGACCUUACUAAAAACAUUAUAAGAUUCCCUUUAGCUGAGCCUGUACCAAGGUGGAAAAAACAUAUCAUAGCAAGCUCUUGUCCCAGCCGCUUUGGUUUAGAACCUCAAGAAGAUGAAUGGACUGGUUAGCAGGCUAUGGAAACACAUGACAUUCAGGCCCUCUCUUUUAUUUGGAGAGCAACAGAUUCAUAUCAGGUAUCAGUUGUGCUGCAACCUGAAUUAAAGAAUGAUUAGAAAGAAAAUAUCUGCAUCAGUGUAUCUUGUAAAUACAAUAAUGAAGAGACUGAGUUUCACUCACCACAGGACCACCAAGUUAAAAUACAUGUACCAAAAUAACGGUCCAUUGCUUUUACUUAUUUCUGUGAAAAUAUGCAUUUAAAGAAUAUGGUAUGUCUAUGUCAAACACUGUGCAACAACAGUGUAAAGGUAUUUAACAAACACAAUAUAAUCUAGUUGAGUGGCACAAUGACGUAGUGGUUAGAGCUGUUGAAUCAGAACCCCAGAGUCCUAGGUUAAAUCUGCAGCCCAAGCACUGUCCGCAUGUAUGUGUCUGCUUUUUCCAAAGGAUUUUCCUUCCAUGUGCCAGAAAUGUAUGUUUUGGGUUAAGGGGUGACUUGCUUUUAAUAGGUGAGUUUGAGUGUCUGCACAAAUGUCCCCACUGACAGACUGUUACCCUUUGUAGGCUUUGAUUCCCCGAAACCCUAAACGUUAUUAAGUGAGUGUGAAAAAGGAUGGGAGGACCUUCUGCAUAUUUUUUACUACCUUAGGUUCAGAACAAAUUGCACUUUUCUAAAAUGAUCUCUCAGUAUUCCCUGUUUAUUGAUUUUAAUUAGAAGCAAAUAACAUUCCAUACAAUCAAAUCAAACUUAAUAAGCCAAAAUUCAACACCCAGACAAGAGAAAGAGAAGAGAGCCAACAACCAGAGUAAAUCUUUAAAAGCAGCAAGGAAUAUAUAUAGUAGCUGAUAUAGAAGCUUAUUUUUAAAAUGUUUUGAAAAAAUCCUCUAAGUGACAAUUUGGUAUGUUCCCAUUUCAAACAGUAUAGAAAAUCAGUUACCCACUGACAUAAAAGAGGUGGGGUGGGAUUCUUCAAAUUGCACAAGAUAAGUCUACAUGCUAGUAAUGAGGUAAAGGCAAUUACAGCUUGUUAGUCCUUCUCCAUUUUAAGCCCAAAGACAGCUAUUAAUGGAUUAGUAUUUGUAACAGCAAAGCUGUCUGAGAGGCAUUCAAAGAUUUUUGUCCAAAGUGUUGUUAAUUUGGUGCAUGUCCAAAAAAAUGUGGCCCAGUGAGUCUGGAGCUAGAUUGCAACAUUCACAGGUGGAAUCUUGACCUGGCUACAUUUUUAACAAUUUUAAACAAGAUAAAUGUGCUUAAUAAAAGAUUUUAAGUUGAAUUAUUGCAUGCUUUGCACAUAUGGAGUUAGAGUGCAUUCCAUACAUUGCUGCCUUCCACUCCUUUUCUGAAAUAUUAAGUGAAAGAUCCUUUACCCAUUGUACUCUGAGAUCUUUGAAAAAAGGGACUUUUUUCUGGAAUAGAAAUAGGUAGGAAAAUUGGGCAGGUUCUGUUUAGCAAAGUUUCUAAUUUGAAAGUAGUGGAAAAUUUGUGUUGAUAAGAAGUUAAAUUAGAAGCAUAAUUGUUUGUAUUGUGCAAAGAUAUUAUCUAUUUACAAAUCUCUACAUUUUAUAAUCCCAGAGAUUUUUCAAAUAUUAAAUACUGUUUAUGUCUGAUAGGGUGGUAAAAGGUUGUUGUCGUGUAGAGGUGCAACAGAUAAGAGCUUCUCUGUCUUAAAGUUCUACAUUGGUUCCAUAUUCUGAGUGAAUGAAGGGCAACUGGAUUAUUGGAACAUUGAUGUUAAUUUGUAUUUACUAAAGCACAGAGCAGGGAAUAUAAAGAGAUACUGUAAGAUUUGAUUUCUAUUGCAAACCAGGCUUGUAUAUAUUCAUUCAGUUUUGUUAAUGUCCAGGUGGCCUGUAUAUUUGCCACCCAGAUGCUUUGAAACAGAAAAAGAAAUUGGGAAGGAUGUUCAUCUUGACAGUUUUGAUUCUCCCUGCUAAUGUGAGAUGGAGGGUAGACCAUUUGUUCACAUCUUAUUUAUUUUUUUUCCAUGUAGACAGCAAAAUUUUGUUGAGAAAGAGAUUUAUUUUUACUUGUGAUACCUGUAUUUCCAUCCAUCCAUUAUCCAACCCACUAUAUCCUAACUACAGUGUCACGGGGGUGUGCUGGAGCCAAUCCCAGCCAGCACAGGGUGCAAGGCAGGAAACAAACCCCGGGCAGGGUGCCAGCCCACCGCAGUACCUGUAUUUACCCCUUGAUAUUUAAACUGACCUACUGGGAAGUUGCCGAGUCUAAUAUUCUGUGCUAAAGAGUUCACUGGAAAAAGCACACUUUUAUUCAAAUUUAUUUUGAGUCCAGAUGCUUUUUGAAAAUAAAUCUGCUACUGCUUUUAGGACUACUGGCACAGAAUUUUUUUUUUUGGUCAGAUAUACAGUAUACAGUACCACAUCCUCUGAAUAUAGUGAUAUUUUCUGUUCAAGUCUUUAUCUGAAAAUCCCCUUUAUCUCUGAUGCACUUAGAAAGUAAACAGCCAAUGGCUGAAGGCAAUUGAAAAAGAGCAAUGGUGAUAGGGGGUAACCUUGACAAGUACCACGUUCUAGGUCAAUGUAGUGAGAAAUAAUGUUAAUACAAACUGAGGCUUCUAGAGUAGUAGUUUGAUCCAUGCACAUAUGUUUGGGCCAAACCCAAAUUUGUGCAAUUUGGUGAAUAGGUAGUCCCAUUCAACCAUAUCAAAUGCUUUUUCUGCAUCCAAAGAUAAUAAGAUAUCUGGGAUGUUAGAUUUAAUGAGUGAAUAUACAUUUGUAUUAUAUUAAAUAAAUUAGAAGCUAUGUGUCUACCUUUUGUAAAUCCAGUUUAGUCUUGUAAUAUUACAGAAGGAAGCUCUUUCUCAAUCCUUCUGGAUUCAGAAGUGAGAUUGGUCUGUAUGAUGCACAUUGCAAUAAGUCCUUAUUUUUCUUAGGAAAGACAGUAUUCCUGAUGUGUUUCUAACUGCCUUAUAAUUUAUUAUAUUUCUUUUCAAUUUAAGAGUUUCACCUUAUGAUUCAGCUAUAUAUCUAAUGGUAGUUAAAAAAUGACUAUUUGUUCCAUAUUAUAAAAAUGUAAUCAUAAAGUGAGCAUUUUUCAUUGUUUCAAUGUAUCUCAUUUAUCCUGUGUGAUUGGGUGACCGUGUAACAACUGAACACAAUAUUAAAAGGCAGUUGUGGGAUGAACAAAUUGAGUUAUCAGGCAAAAACUAAUAAUAAUAAUAUUCUUUCCAGCUGUCUGUCCUUCAGAGGUCACAUAAUAAGUUAAGAUGGGCCAUCACAAUUGAAUGGCUGUUGUUUACAAAGUGCUGUUACCUACAGAUUGAAAAGAAUAUUGCAGACUUUAGCUAUACAUUUAUUUAAAGGAUGUAAUAAACACAGAAGGCAUGUUUUCUUAAAUUGACUGCUUUGCCUCUUCAAAAAUCUUUUUCUAUCAUGAGGGAACAAGGGAUUCCGUAGAGCUCAAUUGUAUGCUGCAAAAUGUAUUUUUAAAAUUUAUAAAAAAACACUUCACUUUAAACCACAGUUUUAUGUGUCAAAUUAAUAUACAUGUAUGCCAUUAUUGUGAAGAAAUAACUGGCAUGUAAAAUACUGAACCUAUCUUUUAAAAGGCAAGAAUCUCAGGUUUAAUGAAGUGUGCAUUGGUACUAUUACCAUCUAUUAAGUUUUUCAAACAACUGUUCCCAAUAAAAAGAUGCCAAGAUCCACUGUUUUUUGUCCAUAGCUGGGUGCAAGACAGGGACUAUCUCAGGAUGGAGGACCAGUCAAUUAUAGAACACACUGACACACAUACACAUGCAAACUCAUACUUAGGCAAUUGACAGUUGCCAGUCACAAGAAAUAUUGAAAGAAAUCAAGGUAGCUAGAAAAAUACUCUCUCAGAAACAAAAGAUCAGAAACAAAUUACAGAUUAUUACUGAACUAACAUUUGAUCCCUAGAGCCAUGUUGCAACAGUGUUCCUGCACUGAUAACAAUAACUAAUAAAAUUAACUAUGGAUCUUUAUUUGACAUGACAAUAAUUGAUCAUUUCUCACUUUGUUUUGAUAAGCCAUGUUGUCUAUUCCAAAGAAGUGCGGAAGCAGAUCCAAAAUUGGCAACACAGGACACAAAAGCAGAAACCCAUCCUGAAAGUGGCAUUUAUCACUAUCAGAGCACACACACACACCCAAAUGAGGUCAUCUUAGGGCUACCACUUAAUCAAACAUGCAUGUCUUUGUAAUAUUGUAAGAAGAGUUACGGAAAAUCCAUGGGAACAUGAUACUACACAGUGAACAGGCCAGAAGUUGAAUCCAGGUCCUUGGAGAAGUACCACAACAGCUCCAAUCAGUGAAUCACUGUGUCACCUGCAGGUGAUGAUGUAUUAAAAGCAAAUAUACUGUGAAAUAUAAAUAAAUUGUAUUUUGCACAUGAAAGCAUCCUUGCUUAUCUAAAUUAAGGUGUAAAUGUUAUACAUAUUUUAAUAAACAUUUUAUUGAAAACAAA